AAUUAUUGCUUUUGUUCAAAAAAUAAAUUGGAAUAGCAGCGUGUGACUUUUUCUUUAUUCUUUGAAUAUAUGAAGCAUUUUGUAUGAGAAGUAAUGACCAUGCAUGAGGCAUAUUCCGAAGAAACCUAAAUUGAAAAUUGGAUAGCUUAUUUUCUUUUCUUUCUUGUAACCAAAACUUCAUAAAAAUGGAAUAUGCUGGACUUUUGAAAAACAUAGAUUGACAUGACUCAAUUUUCUUUACUUUGUCUUCUUGGUGUAUUAGAGUAUUCUUACUCCAUUGUAUUGACUACUUACUGUCAGUGUGCUGUCACCAACUGUAAGGUAGUUACAGUUACUAACUAUAGUUAUUUAGUAACUGUCAGGAUAAGUUUACAGUUGAGAGUUAGUUACAGUUGAGUCUCUCUAUAUAAAGAGAUAACACUGUUGAUUUUAACCUUGUCUAAUCUUUUCAGAUUAAUGAUAAACACUAUUUUACUUUUUUCUCAAAUUCUAUCAUGGUAUCACAGAGCUAGGUUGCAAUCUGCCACACAUUUUUUGGGGAUUUCCUCAUCUUCUUUAUCUUUGAUUUUUUUUUCUUUCAAUCUCUUCGUUUUCAUUCUCUGCUUUUCCCCUCCUCCUCCACCUAUCUCUGCCGUGCUUGCGGUCAUGAUGACUACUCCGGUUACCACCGGUGGUGGCGGUGGUGAUCCUCCGCCAAACGGUGGCCAUGUGCAGCUGAUUCAACCUCCAUCAGUGAACACAAACUUCAAUCAGAAUGAUGUGCAGAUUCCGGCGAUGUUUGUGAUGAUUGCUGAUCGUGAUGCUGGUCACGUAACUGAAGCUUACCAUGCCUGGGAGCAACGAGAUCAAUUGUUGCCCUCGUGGCUUCAAUCCACCAUUUCUGCUUCAAUGCUUUGCAAGUUCAUAGGUUGCACAAAUUCUUGGUCACUAUGGGACAAAAUUCACAAUUAUUUUCAUGCUCAUACAAAUGAGAGAGUGAGACAGCUGCGUACUGAUCUUCGCCAAAUCUCCGUUGAAGCUCAAUCUGUUUCUGAUUUUCUUUCUGCAAUACAAAAUAUUGUUCACUUUCUUGUUUCUAUUGGUGAUCCAAUUUCUGUGAAAGAAUACAUAGACAUCAUUAUUGAAGGUUCUAAAUAAACUACUUCAGGUAAUUUAUGUUCCUGCUACUAGUCAGUAUACAGAUAUUCUUACCAAAGCUUUGUCCCCGAGUAAUUUUGAAGUGUUCAGGGCCAAGCUCACACUGUGUGAUCCCUCCAAUUCUUCUCAGUCUCACCCACCAUGAGCUUGUGGAGGGUAUUAGAGUAUUCUUACUCCAUUGUAUUGACUUUUGCUUACUGUUAGUGUGCUGUCACCAGCUGUAAGGUAGUUACAGUUACUAACUGUAGUUAGUUAGUAACUGUCAGGAUUAGUUUACACUUGAGAGUUAGUUACAGUUGAGUCUCUCCAUAUAAAGAGAUAACACUGUUGGUUGUAACCUUGUCUAAUCUUUUCAGAUUAAUGAUAAACACUAUUUUACUUUCUCUCAUGGUGUUAAGCUUGUGUUUGAACUUUCCCAUCAUUUACUUUCAAUAUUGAAAAUCUAUCUUUGAUUGAAC